AUGUAUUUGUUGUUCAGAAAAGGGAAAGAAAGAAAACAGGAUGACUGCUCAAAACAGAUCAAAGAGGGUACAAUUGUCUGUGAAGCUAAUACAGAUGCCCUUAGCUAUACUUGUUGGACUAAACAUGGAGAGAAUCUUCAUGCUCCUCAUGCUAGUAGCUGUACUGUUAAUUUUGAAACUCAUACUUCUACAGAACAUGAGUUUGAAGAGGGGCCAUUGGGUGAUAUUCCAGACAGUACUAUAGAUGAUGCUCCAGAUUAUGUUGCAGAGGCAACAAAGAUGGUCGACGCGAUACUAGAGGACUUUCCAGGUGAUCGUAGAAAGUUUGAGAAGUUAAUAGAGGAUGCUAAGAAGCCUUUAUUUCCAGGAGACUCGAAACUUACCAAGCUGUCGGCAAUAAUCAAGCUGUACAACUUGAAAGCGAAGCAUGGAGUAUCAGACAAGUUUUUUGGUGAGCUUUUAGAUUUGUUGAAGAACGAGAUGCUUCCUGAUGGUAAUGAAAUUCCUUCUUCUACAUAUGAAGCUAAGAAAUCCAUUAAUCCGUUAGGGUUGAACUAUGUGAAGAUACAUGUAUGUCCUAAUGAUUGCAUACUAUAUAGGAAAGAUCAUGAAAAGAAAGAAGUAUGCCCAACAUGUGGGGAAUCAAGAUGGAAAAAGGAUAAGAUAACAUUGAAGGAGUGCAAGGGGGUGCCUGUAAAGGUUUUGUGGUAUUUCCCGAUCAUUCCACGACUGAAACGUUUAUUUUUGGUGAAGUACAUAGCAAGAAAAUUGAUAUGGCAUGAUCGUGAUAGAAACAAAGAUGGGUUGCUGCGUCAUCCAGCAGAUGCUGAAGCAUGGAAGGCGAUUGAUGAAAGAUACCCUGAUUUUGCUGAGGAUCCUAGAAAUAUUCGCUUAGGAGUGUCAGCUGAUGGAGUGAAUCCAUUUCGUGGUAAGAAGAAAAGUUAUAGUUGCUGGCCUAUCCUAACAGUGGUUUACAACCUUCCCCCAUCGUUAUGCAUGAAGAGAAAAUUCAUGAUGCUUACAAUGUUAAUUCAAGGACCAAAAGAACCAGGCAAUGACAUCGACGUUUUUUUAGCUCCGUUUAUUGAUGAUCUGAAAUUAUUGUUUGAUGAAGGGGUCGAAGCGUAUGAUGCCUACAAACAAGAAAGGUUCACAUUAAGGGCUGUAGUUUUGUGGACAAUAAGUGACUAUCCUGCACUCGGCAAUUUGAGUGGCUGUACUGUUGGUGGAUAUGAUGCUUGUGCAACAUGUGGUGUGAAUACACACUCCACAUGGCUUAAGUACUCUAAAAAAGUUUCAUACACUGGUCAUAGAAAAUGGUUACCGUCUGGCCAUCGUUACAGAUAUCAAAUGAAGCCAUUUGAUGGCAAUCAAGAAUUCGGUGUGGCUCCUGAACCAGUGAGUGGGUUACAAAGGUUUGAAGAGGCGAAGUCAAUUGAAAAUGCAUGGGGAAAGAAAGGUAAUGGCGGUAGAACAUUGGGAAAAUCAACAAGGUCGGAGUUUGAGGACGAGGAUUCAUCUAAUCUGAAGAAAUUGUCAAUUUGGGCAAAAGAGCUUGAAUACUUCAAAUACAAUCUUGUCCAACAUAAUUUUGAUCUGAUGCAUAUAGAGAAGAAUGUGUGCGAGAGUUUAGUAGGGACAUUGCUUAAUGAUCCUUUAAAAACGAAAGAUGGUUAUAAAGCUCGCAUGGAUUUGAAUGAUUUGAAGAUAAGGCCUGAGUUAGAACCUGUUGUUGCAGGAAAAAGGAUGUAUCUUCCUCCUGCCUGCUACACAUUGACGAAACAAGAGAAGGUGAAGUUUUGCAAAACAUUGUACGAGUUGAAGGUUCCACAAGGGUACUGUUCUAAUUUUAGCAGUCUGGUGUCGCUAAAAGAUAGCAAGUUGAUUGGUCUCAAAUCACAUGACUACCAUGUUCUUAUGCAGCAAUUCUUGCCACUUGCGGUUAGAUCGAUUCUUCCAAAGAACGGAUACAUUCGAAAUAAAAAUCGUGCUGAAGGUUGUAUUGUAAAUUGUAACGAGUUAGAGGAAUUUGUUGAGUUUGCUGCCGAUUGGUUGUCUGGCGUGGAAACAAUCGGUAUUCCUCCUUUAAAGUAUACUGGAGCUAGUUCUUCGGAGGGUUCAAGUAUAAUAUCAGAUGGAAAACCAUUACAAGGUGCUCAGGAGGAUGUGGUAGAUGGCGUCGAGAAGGAGUUGGAGAACGAAGAUGAAAUCAUGGCAGAGGAGAAGAAGAUCUCUAAAUAUCUUAGGUGGAUAUCACAGGGCCCCGUCAUUUAG